AUGUCGUCUACCGUACAACCUACUACGUUUUUACCUGGCGGCAUCAGUAGUAUUUAUAAUACAAAUCUUCACUUAGCUCCACCAUAUAUCUUCGUUAUUAUACUGUGUUGUCUCAUAUUUCUUCUCAUCCUUUUGAUUCUUUUUCGAGAGAUUCUCAAGUCUCGUGGUAUGCUUCGAGAUUGUUGUAAUUAUAAAGGAAGCGGCGUUCAAUGUUUGGGUUGCCAAGAAUGUUGCGCAGCAUGUGCUGAAACAUGUGAUUGUUGUCGUACGACAUCGAUUGAAUCAUGUCUUGAUGCAUGUUGUCCAAAACGGGGAUCAAUGGAUUUUGCUGAUGUUAUUACAUGUGAAGCAUGCUGUAAUGGACAAUGUUGCACUUGUUGUGGAAAUAAUUGUAUUUGUGCCCCAACGGAUAGUAAUGUUAAUUGUUUGUGUUUUGCUUGCCAACAAACGUAUCCAAAUCAAGAUAUGGAUGACAGAUAA